AUGCUACGAUUAUAUUUAGUUUCUUAUUUUUUGCUGAAAAGAACGUUGUUGGUAAGCUAUUUUUCAUACUUUUCAACAUAUAUUAUUGAAUGUAAAACCGAUAAUGAUUGUCCAAUAAGUCAAUUGAAAAUAUAUGCAUGGAAGUGCGUUAAAAACGGAUGCCAUUUGUUUGAUGUGAUUCCAAUGAUGUAUGAGUAAUAGAUCCAAGAGAGUACACAUAUUCCAUGCAAUGAAGAAUGAGUUAUUUCGACCAAAAAAAAAAUGAGUUAUCAAAUGACAAAAAGAUUUAUGCAAUGUGUAUUGUGCUAGAAUAUUCCACAAUUUCCAUUUAGUUAUUGUGAUCGCACCCAAUAAUUGUAUUUUUAAUUUAUUUUAAUUUUCUUAAUUUCACAAAUCUUUUAAUUAUGUCUUUGUACUUUAAGAUGUUGGUAUUGAAAUUAAAUAAGAAACUAAACAAUAUUAUAGUAA